GGUUCCCUUCCCAUCAUGGCCGCUGCCGCCGCUGGAGCUGUCGGGGGGCUGCUGCCCUGACGGGACGGGACGGCUCCCUUCGUGCCGGCCGGCCGGCGAGCAGCAGCAGGAGGCGGCGGGCGUGGAGGCAGGCCGGCAGGCAGGCCAGGGCCGGCGCUCGGAAGGGGCCGAGGAGGCCAUGCUGGCCGCCCCCACCGACUCCUCCUCAGGCCUGCUCUGACGGCUCUGCCCUCACUGGGGGGGGGGGGUCCUGCCCUUUGGCCCCCUCCUCUUGAAACGCCCCCCACCCCCGGAAGGGGCUGCGGGCUGUGCCCCUCCGGUGGAGCCCCUCGCCACUCCCCCCCGACACUCCCAGGACCAUUUCUGCCCCCCAGCCUCCCCCCGUGAUGAUGAUGAUGAUGAUGGUGAUGACUUUUCUGUGGGGUGUGUCCGUCUCUGCCCUGAAUUCCUGACUCUUCCCCCCCCUUCCCCCAGUUCAUUCCUACUCUUAGGGCUGUACAUUUAAUCUCUACCCCCCCUUCCUUACUCCUUCUCCUCUUCUUCCUUCUUCUCUUCCUUCUUUCUUCUCAACUUUAAAAAGGAAGCAGGUGGCUGUUUCUUAUCUUCCCCAGUCCUCCCUGAGAAGAUUUUAGGAUUUUGGUUUCCACCUGGGGCAAGAUUGUAGUUUCUGCUUCAGUAUUAUUUUAUAUUUGACCUGGAGGUGUGCAAGCUUCCCUCUCUCACCCUCCCUCCAUCUCACCGAUAGAUAUUGGGGUCUGGCUUCCCCACACACCCCCUUUCCCCAAGGGGUGCCUCCCCUUCUCCCUGCUUAGGGUGAGAGGCUGUCUUGUUCUUCUGCAAUCUGCUGUACUUGGGGCAAAUUUCCGUUCAUGGUUGGUCCUUAUUCUCUGGCAUUUUCCUUCCUUUAUGCCUUAUUUUUCUCUCCCCCCCCCCCCCACUGCAUUUUUCCUUUUGGACCCUAAGCCCAACUGCACAUAGCUCCCUCUAGUUCCCCCUCUUCUGCCUUUGUUGAUUCAACCAGGGCAGGCCCAGCAGCUGAGCCCUCAGGCCUUAGAGCAGACAUGUUGGUACUCUGGAUGGUGGGGUGUUGUUGGGUCCUUUGUGCCUUCCUUGGUUCAAAUGUUGGAGUCAUCUAAAGCACCAACCUUCAAGGAACCCGCCAAGAAAGCCUGUCCGGCACUAAUCUGGAAUGAAGCCAGCUCACUUGCCACAUCUGGAUCACUUCCGGCUGCUCUGCAGAAAUCUUCCUCCCGGAGAUCACAUCCAGACUAAGCAUCUCUUUCCAUCCAGGAGUUGUGUGUGUCCUGUGUCAGGUGACACAGGGCCUUUUAUGUGACCAGUAAGGAGUAGGUCAGGAGUGUGUCUAAGCCUCACACUUGUGCAACUGCUGCUUGUCAUUUGCUGAGCUACUUUGAUGACUCUUCAUGUUCCCUUCUUCAAAAUGACUCCCACAGGCUCACUUUCCCAUUUUGCUUUCCCUGGGAAGAUGCAUCAGUGGUGAGUGUGACUGGAUGCUUACUAUGGGAUAGAUUUGGGCGAGACUUGAGUUCCACCGAAACACUUGCGGACUGUCAAAUCCUGUAUGGAGCUGCAGGAAGUUUGAACUGUUCAUCUCUUAGUUUUUGUUUUGGAUAAAGACUCCAGCACACAUGUUUCUUGCAUUUGAAUAAUACUUGAAGCUAAACACUUAUCAGUUUGGCCUUUGAUGGGUAAAUGCUGUACAAAAUAAAAGAGAAUCUGGAACCCAGCUUACAGUGAGAUGACUUAUCCCUGCCCUGGGUAACCCUUGUGUAGCUUACUUCUGGGCUAGAAUUGGUUUUCUCUGUGGAAGGCAACAUACAAGAACUUAAAAGAACUUUUGGAGAGCUUUUGAGCUUCUGAGUGAAACUUUUAAUUCAUUAUUUGCCAAAUGACCAUUGUUGUUUCAGCACUGAAGAAGUGUUGUGCAUCGGAACUGUGCCUUGGAUGAUUGUGCUUUGCCAGACACAACGCUUCUCCUGGGAAAUUUCUUGCCAAUCUGGCAGAUCAUUGUCUUGUUCAGAGGAUACCUGCCUUUCAAUACUUUAUGGGUCAGCAGCCUGGAAAAGUUCUUGGCGACCAACGGAGGCCAAGUCUGCCUGCCCUGCACUUUAUCAAGGGAGCAGGGAAGAAGGAAGCAUCAAAGCAUGGGGGACCUCACUGUAAUGUGUUUCUGGAACAUGAAGCCCUUCAGAGGCCAGUAGUGUCCGAGUUUGAGCCCCAGAGUCUUAGUGAAGCUGCCCGCUGGAACUCCAAGGAAAACCUUCUUUCCAGUCCUGGUGAAAAUGACCCCAACCUUUUCGUUGCCCUCUACGAUUUUGUCGCCAGCGGAGACAACACUCUCAGCAUCACUAAAGGUGAAAAACUUCGUGUCCUGGGCUACAAUCAUAAUGGAGAAUGGUGUGAAGCCCAAACCAAGAAUGGUCAAGGCUGGGUCCCCAGCAACUACAUCACCCCUGUGAACAGCUUGGAGAAGCACUCUUGGUACCAUGGGCCAGUUUCACGAAACGCAGCCGAGUACCUCCUCAGCAGUGGGAUCAACGGCAGCUUUCUGGUGCGGGAGAGUGAGAGCAGUCCAGGGCAGAGAUCGAUCUCACUGCGAUAUGAAGGAAGAGUUUACCACUACCGAAUAAACACUGCAUCUGACGGGAAGCUGUAUGUCUCCUCUGAGAGCCGCUUCAACACCUUGGCUGAACUGGUUCACCACCACUCGACUGUCGCAGAUGGGUUGAUCACCACUCUUCACUAUCCAGCUCCCAAGCGGAACAAGCCCACCAUCUAUGGCGUAUCUCCAAACUAUGACAAGUGGGAGAUUGAGCGAACUGACAUUACUAUGAAGCACAAGCUGGGAGGGGGUCAGUAUGGAGAGGUCUAUGAAGGAGUCUGGAAGAAGUAUAGCCUCACCGUGGCUGUGAAGACCUUGAAGGAGGACACCAUGGAGGUGGAAGAAUUCUUGAAAGAGGCAGCCGUAAUGAAAGAGAUCAAGCAUCCGAACUUGGUGCAAUUACUAGGGGUCUGCACCCGGGAGCCGCCCUUUUACAUCAUUACCGAGUUCAUGACCUACGGGAACCUGCUGGAUUACCUGCGUGACUGCAACAGGCAGGAAGUCAACGCUGUGGUGCUCCUGUACAUGGCAACCCAGAUCUCCUCUGCCAUGGAGUACCUGGAGAAGAAGAAUUUCAUCCACAGGGAUCUUGCUGCCCGGAACUGUCUCGUAGGCGAGAACCAUCUGGUGAAGGUGGCUGACUUUGGGCUGAGCAGGCUGAUGACGGGAGACACGUACACAGCCCACGCUGGAGCCAAGUUUCCUAUCAAGUGGACCGCGCCGGAAAGCCUCGCCUACAACAAGUUCUCCAUUAAGUCUGAUGUCUGGGCUUUUGGUGUCUUACUGUGGGAAAUUGCAACAUACGGGAUGUCCCCUUACCCUGGGAUCGACCUCUCCCAGGUCUAUGAGCUGUUGGAGAAGGAUUAUCGUAUGGAACGCCCAGAAGGUUGUCCGGAGAAAGUCUAUGAGCUCAUGAGAGCAUGCUGGCAGUGGAGCCCCUCCGAUCGGCCUUCCUUUGCUGAAAUUCACCAGGCGUUCGAAACGAUGUUUCAAGAAUCCAGCAUCUCUGACGAGGUGGAAAAAGAGCUGGGAAAGCAAGGGAUGAGGAGCAUUGUGAACACUUUACUGCAAGCUCCGGAGUUGCCCACUAAAACCAGAACAUCCAGAAGAGCAGCUGAAUGCAAAGACGCCAGUGAAAGUUUGGAGACAGCGCCCCCCAGAGGCCCGGGGGAAUGUGAUUCUGCUGAGCAGGAGCCAGCUGUUUCUCCGCUGCUGCCACGGAAGGAAAGAGUUGUCACAGAGAGCAGCUUAAAUGAAGACGAUCGCUUGCUCCCCAAAGACAAAAAGACCAAUCUCUUCAGCGCUCUGAUCAAGAAGAAGAAAAAGAUGGCCCCCACCCCACCCAAGCGCAGCAGCUCCUUCCGGGAGGCAGAUGGCCAUCUGGACCGCAAGGGGGGAGGGUGUGAGGACGAGAAUAGAGAUGCCAGCAAUGGAGCUGUUCUCACGCACCCCGCAGAUGCCGAGGACCGUUCCAGGUUUCUGAGCCCUGGCAAUGAGGCUGGAGUCACCAAUGGGAGUGUGGCUGGAAACUCGGGGUUAUUGUCCCCCCAUCUCUGGAGAAAAACCAGCCACGCACCCAACGGCCGGCCAGGGGCCAGUGAAGACGAGGGUGGCUUGAACUCCAGCAAGCGCUUCCUGCGGUCGUGCUCAGCCUCUUGCGUUCCCCACGGGGCCAAGGACACGGAGUGGAAGUCUGUCACGCUGCCCCGGAACCUGCAGUCGCCAGGGCGCCACUUUGAUUCAUCCACCUUUGGCGGGCACAAGAGCGAGAAGCCCGCCCUGCCUCGGAAGCGAACCAACGAGACCAAGGCGGACCUGUCCGUCAGGGGGAUGGUGACCCCGCCUCCUCGGCUGCUCAAGAAAAACGAGGAGGUGCCUGAAGACGCGCCCAGAGAUGCCGAGUCCAGCCCCGGCUCCAGCCCGCCCACCCUGACGCCAAAACUGGGGCGGAGGCAGCCCCUCAUCCCGCCCCCUGCAAGCUUCUCUCACAAGGAGGAGGUGGGGAAGGCCAGCGCCCUGGGAGGUGGCUUGACCACAGAGCCGGGCCCUGGCAGCAAAGCUGGCGCAGGCGGGUUCAUUGGCAAGGCUUCUACCGACGAGCCACGAGGGAGGAAGACGAAGCAGGCUUCCGAAAAGGACAAGGGCAGAACAGCCAAGUUGAAGCCAGCUCCUCCUCUGCCUCUUUCCGCCAAUGCCGCUGUCGGCAAAACUGGCAAAGGCGGUCUUGGCGCUGGCCACGAAGGCCCCGAUGCCCCUGCUGGGACGAAGGGCAAGCCGCCAGCUCAGACUGUGGACGCUGUGGAUGUUGAAACCCCCAGGCCUAACCUGUUAGCAGAGGGGGCCAAAAAAACCGUGAUCUCUUCUGUGCCAAAGCCCCCCUCUGCCACAAAGCUCUUGUUGACCCCUGCAGCUCCCUCUGCUGUCUUCUCUAUCCCUGCCACCUCCUCCAUCCCAAGUAUGGACCAGCCGGCCUCCACUGCCUUCAUCCCUCUCAUUUCCACCCGUGUGUCCCUGCGGAAGACUCGGCAGCCCCCAGAAAAGAUCACCAGCGGCACCAUCACCAAGGGCAUGGUCCUGGAGAGUGCCGAGGCCCUGCGGACGGCCAUCAGCAAGAACUCUGAGCAGAUGGCCAGUCACAGCGCCGUCCUGGAGGCCACCAAGAACCUCUACACCUUCUGCACGAGCUACGUCGACUCCAUCCAGCAGAUGCGAAACAAGUUUGCCUUCCGCGAAGCCAUCAACAAGCUGGAGAACAACCUCCGGGAGCUUCAGAUCUGCCCCGCCACGGCCGGCGGAGGCCCUGCUGCCACCCAGGACUUCAGCAAGCUGCUCAGCUCCGUGAAAGAGAUCAGCGACAUUGUCCAGAGGUAGCAGAAGCCAGGAGGUCAUUUGUUUGUUUGUUUGUUUGUUUGUUUGUUCGUUUAUUCCAGGGCCAGAACUGACUGCGGUUGGCUCUGGAGAGGAUUUAUAAGCAGCAGUGGCGGAGGGCAGGGAGCACCCCUGAGGGCUGGCCAUUCCAGUGGCUACAGAGGAGAAUUCAAAAGGACCACACGUGUGCAAUGGACUGUGCCACUCCUGUUUGUUUCCAUUGGCUUUGGCAGGAGAGCCUCCCUGCUGGACUCCCCCUGCCGCCUCUGUAUUGUUGUUGUUCGAGAUGGCUGCCUUACUUUGCCCCCACCCCCAACCAUCAGGGCCUUGUGGCUUGCCUGGCUGAGGGUCACAUGCCUGGGACUAACUGGGGGACUCUCUCCCUGCCCCCUGCUGCCUUGUGAAUCUUCAGAGUCCUCUCAAUGUGGAGAACUUAAUUCAUGGAAGUUCCCCCUUUUUUGUAUUCUUAUUAAUAUUGUAUUAUUCUUUUAACUGAGUUGCCUGAUGGAUGUGAUUGCUCUGGAGGGACGGCUUCCCUUCCCCCGCUGGAGGGUGCAGCUUCACAGCCAAAUCCAUCCAGCCCUUCGCCCCACUUCUGUCUUUUCUGGCCCAGCCCUCAAAGGCCGUAACUGGGGGUGACCUUGGUUGUUCGUGCAGCUUUGCAGUCAUUCUUUCCCUCUGCCCUGAGCUCUGUCUCGAUGGCCAAAAGCAUCCCCGUCCCCUUUCGGUUCUUGUCUCUGGAAAGAGAAGCAGCCCGGCCAUCAGGUGCAGCAACACGUCCUAAGUGAUGUUCUGGAGCGAGUGUCAUCAGGGAAAUGUUAGGGUACUGCUAGAAAUAAAACUACAAAGAGGUUCCAGUGACCCCUAAAUCUGCACUCACGGGGGGAGCUGCUCGUCGCGUCUCUGCUCACCCCAGUGCUCUGGCCUCACUGUCUCCCAGUCAGCCCACACUGCAGGCAUAGUUUUGCCAUGGAUGAAAUUGGAUCACUAUUCUUAGGUGAAACUGCCUGUUGCCUCUCUGCACCUGUUGUCAGAGAACUUUUCUUCUGACCAUCCUCCUUCAAGCUUAGGACAGCAUACGUGGUUCUCCUGUCCUCUGUUUUCCCAUCAACCCUGUGAGGGUAAGUUAGACUGAGAGGGCAUGGCUGACCCAAGAUGGCCGAGUGAGCUUCAUGGCUUGGCUGGGGUCUCCACUAUUCCCCACAGACAGGAGAGGGCAUGGAUUCCUAUUUUGGGCUCACCUUCUUCCAGUAGGGAGGAAUGUUCAGAACAGCAACUCAUGCAGAGGCACAAGUGGUAGGCUCUUUUGAGGAACAGUGCGUCUCAGGAACAGUGAGUCUGUUAUCCUCACAUGCUCUUGCAAAGAGACCUGGCAGGAGAAUAAAAAUGAAGGUGUGUCCAUUUUUGUGCUGUUGAGUGCCUUGGAUACCUGACGUUUAGGGAAUGCAGGGCAGGAGUGGCCAGUGGGCGGCCCCUCAGGAGCGUCUCUUGGAGUGAGAUGAACUUAAGGGAAGAUCACAAGCGGUCAGAAAGGCAGGGCAGAGGGGAUGGAGGGGGGCAGGGACCUCUCGGCCGUUGAGUUUACAUGGCUGUGAUGGGCAGGAGCUCUGGGUAUCACCAAAGCAGUUGUCCUUGAUGCGGUUCUGGCUGUUUAGGAGAGCCAGACCAUAAAUCACAUUCCCUUCAUCCCUGAGCUGCCCUCGAUGGGGGAAUUGUGUGACAGAACAAGCUUUAAUUCAGCUGGAAGCCUAUUUCUCUCUCUCUUCCCCCCCCCCCCAAAAAAAAACCCACCUGGUCUUCAAAAUGUUGCCUGCCACAUUUGCCAGGUAGCACCAUACAGGGGCAGGCCUUGGGCUGUGUGGUAGAGCAUCUGCAUUCCAUGCCAGAGUCUCGGGUUCAACCCCUGAUGUGUAUCUUCUUUUGGAAGGGGUCCAAUGCUAGUCUGCUACUAGACUUCAACUGGAGAGCUGCUGCCAGUCAGCAUAGCUGGCCAGUGGUCUGACUCAGUUGACGGCAGGUCCAGAUAUGUGUUCAUAUUCCCCCUCCCUGUUAUAAAGCGGUACAGGCCAGGAACGGGCACAAACCUCCCCCCCCCCAGCCCCCUUUGGCUUGAGCUGCUGGUCCAGGGGGCCUCUUGGUCAACAAAUGCCUGGCUGGUGAACUGCAGAUCAGCCACUCCCUUCCGCACUUGGUUGCCUCGCCGCUGGCCACCGCUGCCACUGCUCCCACUGGUCUCCCAGUGCCGGUUUCCACAUUCCUCAUGUUUUUGCUCCUGAGCCAAUUCACGACCCACCUUCCUCAGUCACUGAGUGACACCGUUUCAGGCUUCUAAUUGCAGUUUAGCUCCUUCAGAUGGAAGGCAGGCGAGAGCGAGCGAGCAGAGUGACCCUCCCUCCCCCGUCUUCCUGGAUAUCUUCGGCACAAACCACUUUUAAUUGAUACCCCCCCCUUUCUCCAAAUAGUUCCAUCUCUCUGCCUCUUUUCUUCCUGCACUUCUUUGCCAAACAGCUUCUGUUUUUUUCUGUACAUGAGAAACAAAAAAACUCUGAAAACACAACCACAGGCUGCCUUUGAGAACUCACGCAUGGCGAAAAGAAGGGGGGGGGGGGAAAUCCAAAAGAUUUCCCUUCCCUCUUGAACUGCACUGUUUUUCAAAGGGUACUGAUCUCGUUUGGAUGAUAAUCUAUUCCUGCCACUGUAGUAUGCAUUUGUAUCUCAGUAUUACACCUUUGUGUAGGUCUUUUCUUCUUUCUCUUUUGCCGUUUGUAAAUAGCUGCCAUGUCCCUAAUACCUGCAGGGCCUGUUUUCUCUUUUCUCACCGUAGCUUCUGAUUGCCCAAUACAGACACACACACAAGCACACACACACCCCUUUCAUUUCUGUGCGUGGCUUUUUCUCUUUCUGACUUUGUGUUUGUUUUUUAAAUAAUUCCAGAGUUUCUUCCUUAGUAUUUUUUAAAAUAAA